CAGCACAUUGGUGCAUGAACUUCUCAGUCCUUCCCAAGCAACAUCAGGGUGAGGUGGCAGGUGGCUUUCUCCCAGGAGUGGGACCCUACUGUCCCCUGUCCUGAGCCUGUUAUAAAAUAGGGUGCAAACCCCAACUCACCUGCCUAGAGACUGUGGGGUUUAUUCUUCAUAGUUACAAGCCCUGGGCAAAGAGGGGCCCUCUCUCCCAUCCCAUGGGAAUUCUGGGCCCAGACGCACUCCCCUCCAGUUACACCCAGCCGAGCCAGAGCGCCACCCACUUUUCCUUUGGGUGAUGAGAAUUCAGGUACAGAAGACUCAGUAGGGUUCCUCCUUGUGUCCUGGACUCGUCCCUGCGCUGACUGCAGGGUGCGAAGCCUUCCCAGACAGAGCUCCCUAGCCCCUUGAUCCGUCGCUCACUCAACAAGUGUGUGUUAGUGUCUGCCAGCUCCAGGCACCAGGCAUGGUUGCCAAGUGACAACCCACAGGCUGAAACUGAGCCACAGAUAUGUUAUAUUUGACCCACACUACAUUUUUAAAAAUUUUGAAUUAACUCUCAAAGUUUAAAAAGUUUGGAAAUUACAUCUAAAAAUCUGAUUUCCAGAUUUCUUUUGGAUAAUUGAAAAAUCUAGGAACACUGGGCCAUAAUCCCAUAUGACCACAUUCAAAUGGCAGCCCCUUCCUUGUAGGACACAGGCCUCACCGCUCCCUAUUGCCUCCCUGAUCCACCUGCUACUCACUGCACUUGUUGGCCCCUGUGGACAGUUCAGUUUUCCAUCCCUGUUGUAGAUGAAUAACAAAGCUAACCUCCAGCACUUACUAUGCGCCAGGCUCUGUUCUAAGUUCAUUGCACAUAUGAGCUCAUUUCAGCCUCACAAUAACAAUAAGGUAGACACUAUUAUUAUGCCUGUUCACUUAAGGAAUAUUCACUGAGGGCCCAAAGCUGCCAGGCACCACUCUGGCAGUGGAGAUGCAGCCAGGAACAAACAGGUAGAAUCCUGCCUUCAUGGAGCUUCCCUUCUGGUGAGGCCGCAACGGCACUCAGAAUAAACAAACAGUAAGUCAGAAGGUGUAUGUGUGAGGGAGAAAAAUAAUGCAGGAUAAAGAGUUUGGGGCGUGCUGAUGGUUCGGGGUGGGAUGUGCUAUGGUAAACAGAGUGGCCAGGAUAGGACUUCCUGAGAAGGUGACGUUUAAGGAAAGCCGUGAAGGAGGGAAGGAUUAGGAGGAGAGCGUUCUAGGCAGGCAGAGGUUAAGGAACUGCCUGGGGUCACACAGCUAGUAAAUUGCAAAGCUGGGAUUUGAACCCACCUGGCUCCUAAGCACUGCAUCAUAGGGCUCAGUGAAAGAUGCCAUCCGUGCCCCUGAGACCCUCAGAGUUAAGGCAGAACACAGGCGGUGGACUCAGAGUCCACUUAGUCCACUCUUGGAGUCUCCUAGCUAUUCUUAGAGAGGUAGCAUUGGGGGUGCAGGAGGGACGGGCAAGGGACAGUGAGGAAGGCUUCUGCCCAAGGCUUCCACUCUGAAUGUUCUGACCUCCUGUCUUUUCUUCCCAGAAGGCCACAGUGUAUUGACCACCUGCUGUCAGCUCUUUAUUUUAAUCUCAGGGGGAUUCUGGGAGCUUGCCCCCCUCCCCCACAAGCUCCUGGCUCCUCCUCCCUCCAAGUAUUGGGGUGAACUGGCCACAAAUCCUCCUAAUCCGCCAGCAUCUCAGCAUCCGCCUCCAGUGGCAGCCAGCCCCGGCAGCCGGGAGACGACGUUGCUCCCGCUCACCCACCUAGCGGCAACUGCCCUGCCGGGCCCACGCUGCUGCAUCCAUGGGGAACAGCAAAAGCGGGGCCCUGUCCAAGGAGAUCCUGGAGGAGCUGCAGCUGAACACCAAGUUCACGGAGGAGGAGCUGUGUGCCUGGUACCAGUCCUUCCUGAAGGAGUGCCCCAGCGGCCUCAUCACCCGGCAGGAGUUCCAGAGCAUCUACUCCAAGUUCUUCCCCGAGGCCGACCCCAAGGCCUACGCCCAGCACGUGUUCCGCAGCUUUGACGCCAACAGCGAUGGCACCCUGGACUUCAAGGAGUACGUCAUCGCCCUGCACAUGACCACUGCGGGCAAGACCAACCAGAAGCUGGAGUGGGCCUUCUCCCUCUACGACGUGGAUGGCAACGGCACCAUCAGCAAGAAUGAAGUGCUGGAGAUCAUCAUGGCGAUUUUCAAAAUGAUCAAUCCUGAGGACUUGAAGAACCUUCCAGAUGAUGAAAAUACCCCGGAGAAGCGAGCUGAGAAGAUCUGGGGGUUCUUUGGAAAGAAAGAUGAUGAUAAACUUACAGAGAAAGAGUUCAUCGAGGGAACGCUGGCCAAUAAGGAAAUCCUGCGACUGAUCCAAUUUGAGCCUCAAAAAGUGAAGGAAAAGAUAAAGGAGAAGAAACACUGAUGCCAACUGCUCGGCUCUCCUUCCCCUCAUCACUCGCAGAAACACACACACACACACACAUGCACACACGUGCACGCACCCCAGGGGCCACAGAGACCCCAAACCCCACAGCACGUUAACCCCCAGCACAGCUCCCUGCCAAUCGGAAGCGUCGUUAGCAAUCCACCGCUUCCUUCUUCCUUCUGUCUUCAGGCUUUCUUCUUCCCUCCCCUUAGACCCACCGCCUCCCCUCCCCCUGCCCGCCAGCCCAAGCCUCCGAGAUAAUCCCGGGAUUAGGUCACAGGAGUCCUAAAUGUCAGCCCCGUGUAAGCUCCUUUGAGGAUUGCUGGGUAAGCAGGAUCCAAUAAACGCAAGAGGAGCUGG